AUGAAUUGGAAGUUAUUCGCUUUUAUGGCGUUCCUACUACUUCAAAUAGGCUCGACCAAAAAGCAUUCGAGAAAAUAUUUAUCUCCUAAAUCCCUUAAACAUUUAAUCAAUAAUUUAGGAGCAUAUUGGAAUAUGUCCUCAAUUUACAUUCUGUACAAUGCUGAAAUAGCCCACAAACGUUUCAUAAGAAAUAUUCUGGAGGAAUUGCAUCGAAAUGAGACCUACUUUGGCCAAAGGCCCCACCUUGCAGUGAGUGAUCAACACAUUGUAAUGCGUUUCUAUGAGGAUAAAUAUUUUAGCUCCAACUCUUUGGUCUUGACGCUGAUGCACAGCAUAUAUGAUGAUGUGUUGCAGGCCACGGUUAAUGCCACACGCCAUCGUAGAACUUGCUUUAGCAUCUUCUAUGUGGAAAUUUUGAUACAUUCAACGGAGCUGCAAAGAUUCUUUGGGCAAUUGUGGAAAUAUCAAAUGCGUAGGCCUUUGGUCAUAGUCAAUGGAGGAGAUUUGCUGACCAUGUAUCCAUAUCCCACAUUGAGUAUCAUCAAUGUCAGUGGCGAGCUAUACUCCAAAAUGUUCCCUCGCUAUAAGGGCAUACAAAAUUUCAAUGGUUAUGCCGUCAACAUGCCCAUACAAACCCAUUUGCCCUACACCUUCUGGUAUGUGGAUGAGAAUACUCAAAAAUAUAAAAUGGAUGACAUGAGUGGCUGGAUAGUGUCAGAGUUUAUGCAACGCCUAAAUGUCUCGUUUAAGGUGUAUCCUUUGUAUUCCGAUUCGGAAAAAUCCAAUUAUUUGGAUAUGACAAUGUUGAGUGAUCUACUGUUGAGCGGUCAAAUAGAACUAAGUCCUCACUUGGUGUCUAUGUUUGUGCAAAUGGAUCUGGACUAUAGUUACCCAUUUAUAACUACAUCGCGCUGUGUCAUGAUGCCCCUGCCUCCCAGGGAGCCAAGUAAUUUUAUUCUGAUUCAAUGGCCCUUGUGGUUGGCAGUAUGCAUAUGCUUUGGCCUGCUGGAAGUCAUUAUGUUUCUCUAUGUGUAUUUGGCUCGUAGGCCAGGACGCCGGGAUAGCAACAACUCUGUGCUUUUACCAAAUAUGCAAAAUCAUUUCCUAUUGCUGUUAACCAUCAUUUUGGCCCUGCCCAUGCCAUCCAUGCGUUUGCCUACGUGGAAACAGACUUCGGCCUUGAUGUUUCUGCGUUUGCUUUGCAUUUAUUUUGUCUUGAGAUUUGGAGGUUUCUAUCUGGCCCAGAUGCUCUCCACGAAUUUGACCUCCAUGGUGACGAGUAGUUAUUUGAAAACUCCCACCAUGCAAAUGGAUGAUUUUCUGUCAAGCAGCGCCUCCCUGAUGGUAAAUAAUUUCGAAAAGACUUUAUUUAUGGAACAAUUCCACAACAACAAUUUCGACCAGAAGCGCAUGGUGAAUGCAACGCAGGAGGAAAUCAAUCUCAAUCGAGGUGUUCUCAACCCUGCCUUUAUAUUUUUUGUCUCCGUCGAGGAGUUCGAUGUCAUCAUUGAGCAGCAGAAAUAUUUGAACCCCAAGCGUUUUAUCCUCUUGGACAUUUGCCAUGGCUCCUAUCCCUUUCAGAUGCAAUUGCGUGCCGAUAGCCAUUUUACGGAGUUGUUGAAAAUGUUUAUGCUACGCAUACGCGAGAGUGGCAUGUAUUAUCAUCACAAGGAGCAUCUCUUUCGUAGGGCUAAACGUUUUGGCAAAAUGGACUAUAUACGCGAAGAGAAAAAGCCAAGAGAUGUUGAGCUAGAAGAGGGAUACAAUGUGAAUAGCCUGAAUGCUAUGCUUCUCGUGUUGUCGGUGGGCUAUUCGUGCAGCAUUGUGGUUUUCAUAUGUGAACUAUAUGGCAAAAGGAUUAUGAGGAAGUUGAAGCAAAGUGGUUAG